AUGGAUAAUCGUUCUCAAACCCUUCUUCUACAAACUCGGCAAGAACCCAAUAAUACUCUCAAUGUUAACAACUGUUUCCUCAAUUUUGGAACCUUUAACAUCGACGAUUGCAAAGCACCAGCAGAUCAUAGUGAUCUCAAAUAUUCCUCUGUACAAAUUCAGAAGACUCCAACUCCUCAGACCUUUCCUCUCGGAAUUUACUAUAAACAGAGUCGAGAAAGAGAAACAACAACAACUUCAUCGUCGUCGUCGUCCUCAUCCUCCUCUGUUAAUUUGCCAACAUCCCACGAGAAUCUUGAUGGCUACGAUGCAAAUUGGUCACCAAUUAACAGCUUAAACCCCAGAAAGGAUAUCCGGGCUCGCCCUAAUUUCUGCAGUAAUGGUGGACCCGGAAACUCUGCUUCUCAAGAUUCAUUUUUUAGCACGAAUUCUGUGCCGGCCAGCCCUUACCCUAGUAGUUCUUGCUGUUUGAAUUCGUCAAUUUAUGGAAACCAAGGCCUCUGUUAUCCUUCCGGGAUGCAAUACUCUUCAAGAAGUAAUCCGGGUUUCUUCAGCCCCGGAUUUCAGGAUCAGGGAAUGGAAGCUCAAGCUCAACCUCCUCCUGUUUAUGCCCAAAGUUGCGAGAAUUCUUCUGAUUUGCCACCAGGGUUCAACGUUCUUGAGUUGGCUAAGUGCCCAGUUCGGUCUGGAUAUUUGAGGAGAAUUCUUGAACAGGGGAGAUAUGUAAGAGUAAUGUUGAAACAGGUUGUUCCAUUAAUCUUUGAGUUGAUGUCUGACCGCAAUGGAUCUCGUGUAUUCGACGUUCUACUCGAUAAAUGCGAAAAUUGUGAUCUUGCUGCAAUUGUCAAGAAAAUUGCUUCAGAUAGUGAAGCUUUUGUUGAUUCAGCAGACAAGGAAACGGGUUCCAGGUCAAUCCAGAGACUAAUCAAGAGGCUCAAGAACACAGGGUUUGAGUCUACAGUUGCAACGGUGCUGUCGAAAUUCGCCGUAAGAAUGAUGACUCACAAGAUUGCAUCCCAUGUUAUUCGCCAGUGCUUUUGUUCUUGGGGUGAGCCACAGAAUUCUGCUCUACACGACAGCCUGUUCAGGGAUUUCAAAGAGUUGGCCAUGGAUCCUAUCGGGUGCCUUACCAUCAACAAUUGGAUCGACAACACGCCUGGUUCCCGGAGACCACAUCUCCUGGGUCUCGUCGCCAAAGAAGCGCGUUCGUUGUCACGCGAUCCAUCUGGCAAUUUCGUGGUGCAACAUGUCCUCAAGCUCGAACUCGAAUCGGUAAACAAGGCAAUAUGCCUGAAUCUUUCGGGGAUGUUUGUGGAGCUUGCUCAGAUGAAAGGAGGAAGCCACGUCGUGGAGAAAUGCCUUGAACUUUCCCACCUUGGGCGCGAGUUUGUGACUGAGGAGAUUUCCAGGAACACGAGAACUCUGUUGAUACUUGCUAAAGAUCAGUUCGGGAACUAUGUGGUUCAAAAAGCAUUGAUGCUUGCAAAGAGUUAUUCCCAGCGUCAGGCCACUGUGGAUGCCGGCGCCAUCGCGGGUCUCCUUGUGAUGAGAGAUUCUAAUGAACCAAGUCUUGCUGCCAUUUGUCACGCCCUGGAAAGCCAGAAGAAUACCACCGCAAGUGAAGGUGAAAAAAAUGUGCUGGUAUUUGAUCUUGGCGGGGGUACUUUGGAUGUUUCUAUUAUCACCAUCGAAGAAAACAUAUUUGAAGUGAAGGCCACUUCCGGAAACAAUGAUCUCGGGGGUGAAGAUUUCAAUGGCAGAAUGGUGAAUCAUUUCGUUCAGGAAUUCAAGAUGAGAAAUGGGAUUGAUAUCAGCAUUGGAAACAAUUUCAGGGCUCUCAGGAGGUUGCGCAAUUCGUGCGAGAGGGCAAAGAGGAGCCUUUCAUCUACUGCUCAAACCACAAUUGCCAUUGACUCUUUAUAUGACGGGAUUGAUUUUUACUCCAGCAUUACUCGUUCCCAAUUCGAAGAAAUUAACCUGGAUUUAUUCAGAAAAUGCAUGGAGCCAUUGGAGAAGUGCUUGAGGGAUGCAGGGAUGGAAAGAAAUUCCAUCCAUGAAGUUGUCCUGGUUGGUGGAUCAACCCAAAUUCCCAAAAUCCAGGAACUAAUCCAGGAUUUUUUCCAGGGGAGGAAACUGUUUUCUCAAAGUACUGUUCAGCCUGAUGAGGCUGUCGCGUAUGGAGCAGCAGUUCAAGCUGCAAUAUUGGCAGGCGAUGAUUCCUCCAUUCAAGAUCUCCUGCUUUUGGAUGUCAUCCCUCGCUCUUUAGGCGUGGAAACUAUUGGUGGUGUCAUGACAGUUUUGGUUCCAAGGAGCACCACGAUUCCUACCAAAAAGCAGGCACUGAUCUGCGUUGGAGGUAGUGCGAUAAAUGUAUACGAGGGGGAGAGAACAAGGACCAGGGAUAACCAAAUGCUUGGUAGGUUCAACCUUCCAGGUCCUUCAUCAAAUGAUCCUAAUAAGAUGAUCUUAAUAUCCUUUGAUCUAGAUGCCAGAGGUAUUCUGAAUGUGCAUGUUGAUGGAGUACAUAAGGAAAAAGAGUCCUUCACCAUCUUGGGAGAGGGUAGAUUAUCCAAGGAUGAAAUGGAGAGGAUGAUUCGGGAUGCACAGAAGUACAAGUUUGAGGAUGAACAACACAAGAAGGCGGCCUCGGCCGAGAAGAUUGAAGCCAAGAAUGCUCUCCAGAACUAUGCAUAUAACAUGAAGAACAUGGCGAAGAAGAUCGAGGAUGCAAUCGAGGAGAGGGUCCAAUGGCUGCAAUGCAAUCAACUCGCCGAGACGGAUGAGUUUAGGGAUCAACUAAAUGAACUGCAAACUAAAUGCAACUCCAUCAUUGCAGAAAUGUACCGAAGAGGUUGA